CAGCAGCCGCAGCAGCCACCCCCGCCCACCAGUAGCCAUGCAGCUCCUCGUGCUCGCCGCCCUGGUGGCCGUCGCCACCGCCGGAGCGCCCCUCGCCCACGGCAAAGUCGGCAUCGUCGCGCAGGACUACUACGAGCCGCGGCCGUACCACUUCCAGUACGCCGUCGAUGACCCCGACUACGGCCCCAUGAUGGCGCAGGCCGAGGAGUCCAACGGAAACGGACUCACCGAGGGCUACUACACCGUCAACCUGCCCGACGGCCGCAUUCAGAACGUCAAGUACAUCGUGGACGGGUACAGCGGCUUCAACGCCGAGGUCAGCUACGCCGGCCUGGCGGCCCACCCGCAGGUGCCCAAGGGUAUCGCUCAGCCCGUGUACGGAGGUCACGCCCUGAGGCCCAUCGUUGGCAAGGCCCUGGUCGCCAAGCCCAUCAUCGGCAAGGGCAUUGUCGGCAGGCCCUUCCUCGGACACUAAACGGAACUCCAGACGGUGUUCUUUCUCAGGAUCAUGUCUAUACAGGGAAACGUCAUACAGUAUUGAGGUGUCAGAGCUAGGUCUCUUUGGUUUCCAUUAACGUCCGACAAGUGCUUUAAGUUGCUGUUAAUGUGUUAUCGUGUUUGUGUACUGUGUGUAUGUGUUCUGCGUGUGUAAUAAAACGAUAAAAGCGCUACGCAUCAGGCGCGCAUA